AUGGAUGUCUAUGGGGCAUAUGACGAUGAGGACAAUGUUGCACAGCAGUACUUUACAAUGCAGUGCAGUGCAGUAGUUGCCGUGCUGCAAAACACAAAGUUUCGGUCGAGAGCGAAAAAACCAGCCAUGGCCUUAUCGCCCAUUGCGGUGCUCCCGAGUAAGGUAAUCAACCUGACGGAGAGGAUAUUCAGGGUCCCUCCCUUCCCCCUUUUCAGGAAGGCAAUUCAAAGCUCCGGGGGAACAACUUCAAUCUCUGGACCCCUGGACUCUAGAAGACAGAAGGACCCUUUCUCAGUCCUUGGAAACCAGCGACAUCCCUACAUCCCAGUGAAGGAGGCGCUCGAGAUUCCAAGGUUUCCAGCGGCUCUCCCGUCAGAUAGCACGGACCCGGUUUUGAGCCCAGUGCCAGCCGGCAUAUCGCUGUCGCAUUCGCUGCCACUGCCACCCUCCGCGGGUGCAGCGUGCCCAAGCUCCCACUCCGAGAAAAUGUCACUCAAAAACAUGAACAGCUCCUGCUUCAGCUAUCGUAAAGUACAUAUUCAAGUUCCAGUAUAUGCUUUGAGCAGCAAACACCAAGGGGAAGAGGUUCAACCACCAAGAAAUGCCAUUGCCAAAGCCAGAUGGACCAGAUUGAUGGCCCCAACAUCCAGGUCCAAGGCCCACGCCCAGCUAAAAAUGGAGACCCAAUUUUUAAAUGUUAAUGACGAGCAAGCCCCCCAAGCAAGAUCAUCGCGCGUCGCCCCCAUUCUUUUUCUCUGGGCACCGACGCUCGGACGUGCAGAUAGAAUUCUGGAGCCAAUUCUUGGAAUCGUCGCUGUCGUCAAAUUCUUGGUUCCCACCCCGUCCCUCUAUAUUUCAUUGAGCUCAAACACCACCCCCCGGGGGCCCCUCGCGCCCUCCAAUGCCAGAGAGGAAACAGAGGUCCAGUUUUACUCUACAAGUCCCUGUUUCUCUAAAAUGACCGAGAGAGACUGGGGAAUCGGAGUGUCGGGGACUGAAGCAGUACCCAUAUCUUUGCUGCCAUUGCCUGCCAAAGCUCCCAUCCAAUGUCACCAGGAGCGUGAAGAAAAAGAGUCCAGACUGCGCGACCGCUUGCUGAUUAACAACUGCAAGCACAUGGAAGUGCUCGUGCCUGCCAUUUCUGCUGAUUGCCUUUUCGGUCUUGGCCCCCUUGCUCUUUCCCUGUUCACUUAUUCCCAAGCUUUCCCAUCGACAAAAGACGGGAAGGUGCACCUCCCAAGAAAUAUUUCAUCCAGCCCUCCUCCCCUCGACCUUUCAACGAGCUCCAUCCCCAGCUCUUUCCCUCCCAUUUCUUUCCCCAGCUUUACCGGCUCUCCAGUUCCUGCCGGUGGUCAUAGCUACCUUACUCACCCCGGAACACACACCGCGAGUACUUGCGCCUUUGUCACCACCAACCGGCGGCAAUUCUCUCUCACCGAGAAAAAGAGCGAAACGACCCGACCGCAAACGCCAAUCGCGAAUUUGCAUCAUCUUGCUGCCAUUCUUUUGCCUCUGACGGCAUUUAUCGGGCCUAUUCGCCUUUACCUACACAAAGCAAAAGGGAGGACACCUUGA